GAGAGAGAGAGAGGUGGGGGGGUGAGGGAGGGAAAGAAAAGCCACAGUUACAUUUCGUGUUGGCCUCCCCUCUCUUUCUCCUCCUCCUCCUCCUCCUCCUUUUGCAGACCCUCUGACACCAGAGUCUGAGAAUCGGUGGAGGGGAAAAUGAGGCUUUGGAGCUGAAGAAUUUACAGUUAGUCGCGAAACUUUUACAAGUAUUUGAGCUGCUCGGUGCCUUUUUUUUUUUUUUUUGUUGAGAGAGCUUAUAGUCACAUUUCAGUUCGGGGGUCAGAAGGAGUUCACAUGCAGAGGACUGAGGUCGCUGCUCGGUGAAACACAGGGAUUGGGGUGGGAGUUUCGAGCUUUUUCUACCCCCAGUGUGGAGUUGAAGCCGUCCCCGCGCCUCGCAUAGACACUCUGCAUAUCACAGGAUUUGGUCUCUCCUCUCCUCUCUCUUGUGCGGAGCUGCUGCAGGACUGGCUAUGGCCACCGCUACUUCCGGGAUCCGUCAUUUCAUUCGCCCACCGCUCAGCGCUGCGAACUGACUCUGUUUCUAUAAGCAAGCCAGCAGCCAACCUGCCAACACUCGCUGACACUCACUCAUCUCAGUCUCGCCAAGAUAGACGAAAUACCUACGGGGGAAAAGAAAAGGAGAGAUCCGAAUCGCACUCUCUUAAUUUCUACACCUUUUUUUUCCCCUUCUUCUACUUCUUCUUCUUCUUCUUUUUUUUUGCGGUGAUAAUAAAACAAGAUAGCGAUCUGGAGGCAUUAAAGGAGACGCGGACUUGCGGGAUGAAAACGGACUAAAAAAGAUUCGUCCUGCUCUUGAACAUCAUCACCAACCGUCAUUCAUUCAUUACCUUGACAACCUCUGGCUUUGAUUGACAGCUGGAGUGGCAAAAAGCCAUGAGACACGACAGUUUAGUUACAUGCAGGUUGUUGAUGGGCCGAUUGUAACCUUCACUUUGGCGCAUUUUUUUUCUUUUCUUUUUUCUUUUUUUCGAGGAAAGAAGGCAAACGAGAAAAAAAAAAAUUGCUGCAAAAACUUCCCGAUGCGACGGUUUGAACUGAACCACAGUGGCGAAUAGGAGAAUUCGCACAAAAAGUUGGUUGAAAGAGGGGAAUCUUGCCACUAAAUCACUUUCCGAUCUGGGAUAUUAAACAUAUACGGACAGAUUCGGGAGUUUAUUGGAGCGCAGCCUGAUGGCGCAAAGGUACGAUGAGCUGGCCCAUUAUGGUGGGAUGGACGGAGUCCCGGCGUCCAUGUACGGGGACCCGCAUGCGCCCCGGCCGCUUCCCCAGGUCCACCACCUGAACCACGGACCGCCGCUCCACGCCAGCCAGCACUACGGAGCCCACGCUCCCCACCCUAACGUUAUGCCCACCAGCAUGGGCUCCGCUGUCAACGACGUUUUAAAGAGGGACAAAGAUCAAAUUUACGGUCACCCUUUAUUCCCACUGCUCGCACUGGUUUUCGAGAAGUGCGAGUUGGCGACGUGUACUCCGAGGGAGCCCGGCGUUGCGGGAGGCGACGUCUGCUCCUCAGACUCCUUCAACGAGGACAUCGCAGUCUUUGCCAAACAGGUCCGAGCAGAAAAGCCUUUAUUUUCAUCAAAUCCAGAGUUGGAUAAUUUGAUGAUACAAGCCAUACAAGUAUUACGGUUUCACCUCUUGGAGCUAGAAAAGGUGCAUGAGCUGUGCGACAAUUUUUGCCACCGGUACAUCAGCUGUUUGAAAGGAAAAAUGCCAAUAGAUCUAGUGAUUGAUGAGCGGGAUGGCAGCUCGAAGUCAGAUCACGAAGAACUUUCGGGAUCGUCGACUAAUCUCGCAGAUCACAACCCAGCUUCCUGGAGAGACCACGAUGACGCCACCUCCACACACUCAGCUGGCACACCGGGGCCCUCCAGCGGGGGACACGCUUCACAGAGCGGUGACAACAGCAGUGAGCAAGGAGAUGGCUUAGACAACAGCGUUGCAUCGCCCGGCACAGGAGACGACGAUGAUCCAGACAAGGAUAAGAAGAGGCAGAAAAAGCGUGGCAUUUUCCCCAAGGUGGCCACAAACAUCAUGAGGGCGUGGCUGUUCCAGCACCUCACGCAUCCAUACCCCUCUGAAGAGCAGAAGAAGCAGCUAGCCCAAGACACGGGCCUCACCAUCUUACAAGUAAACAACUGGUUUAUUAACGCCAGAAGAAGAAUAGUACAACCCAUGAUCGACCAGUCAAAUCGAGCAGUGAGCCAAGGAGCAGCGUACAGUCCAGAGGGCCAGCCAAUGGGCAGCUUCGUGCUGGAUGGUCAGCAACACAUGGGAAUCCGACCAGCUGGUCUGCCAGUCAUGCCAGGGGAGUACGUACCUCAGAGCAGUCCUAUGGGCAUGAGCAUGGGCCCACCCACCUACUCCAACCCUCAUCAGAUGCCUUCUCACCCGUCGCAGCUCAGACCCAGACCACCACCUCGCCAUGCGUACCUUACCGAUCAUCCCCACCCUCCCCACACCAUGCUGAUGCGCGGAGGACCCUCGUUGCACCCAGGAAUGACCAUGUCUGCACAGAGACCCCCUUUGCUCUCACCCAUUGACCCCAGUACUGGAGGAUAUGGCCUGGACAUCCACGCCCAAUAGUAAAGGGACGAAAACAGCAGCUACGACAAGAAACACUUCCAAAAAUAAGUAAAAAAAAAAAAAGGAGAGAAAAAGAAGAAAGCAGCCCCACUAUAAAUCCUAUUUUGAGACUAUUUUUAAGAAUAAAAGUGAACCCUUUUGACCAGAAUUUGACACUAAAGAAGCAGAAUUCCAGACGAGCUGUGAUUCUUUUUUUUUUUUUAAAAUAUUGUCAAUUUUGUUACUUUCAUCCAAAAAAAAAAAAAAAAAAAAAAAAAAAAAAAAGAUGGAGGACCAAGCUGACAAGAACACUUUGUAAAGUCUUGGGCUUUUGGUAAAGAUAAACGCGAAAUGUUUUGACAUAUAAAAAAGUAAAAAGCAAAAAAAGCAAAAAACAACAAAAAAAAACGUGCGAUGAACGGACAGACGCACGUGACGGAAAACACACACAGACACACUCUUUUUGGCACAUGCCAUGACACACAUAUUUUCAUGUGACACGCUCUUUCAAAAAUGAGAAUAAUAUCAACCCCACAGAAGUUGAAUAAAAACAAGAAAAAGAGAAAGAAGCAGAAAGACUCCAAGAGUUAUAACUACUGUAGUAUAAAAAGUAUAGAUAAAUAAGUUAAAACUUGUGCAUUUUUUUUUGUUUUGUUUUGUUGAUCACAUGUUUUACGUUGCGCUAGUUUUAGAAUUAAAGGUUAACCUUUUUCUCUCUUUCACACUGUGUGUGCUCCUUCCUGGAGAAGAAACUCUCUCGCAGCACAACACUAAACAUGGAAAAAAAAAGAGGAAAAAAAAAAACAAGAAGAAGAUGGAACAUCUCAACAAAGCUUCAAACCACAGAGGGGCAAUCAGGUCCUGCCACCCCUUCCCCUAAGAACAAGGCAUGAUGGGAAAAGGCUGCUAAAGGAUUCAGUUUGAACAUUUGUCAUGCCCCUCUCUCUUUUUUUUUUUUUCUUUUGGUUCAUGGAUGAAUGUUUGCCCUGUAGGUUUUAAAGGAGAAAAAGGUUCGUUGUUUGACUUGCCCAAGCACUGGAUUGUGUUGGUUUUUGUACAUUUUUUUUUCCAACUUUUUUUUUGUUUUUUUUUUUGUACCCUGGACUCUCAUUGGUUAAGAGCCUUUGGAAGGGAGCUUGAGAGCAACACUCUGCAGCGCUUCUUCACGUGCCGGAUUGACACAAUUUUGCCAUAAGGACAAUAACUGACACAGAUGUUGAUUCUGUGGCACUGGAGAAGCAUUUGAUGGUUGAUGCACCAAAAAAACAUAAGCGGAAAAAUAGAAAAAAAAGAAAAAAAAAACAACACUUAAAUUAUGAACUCAAUGCUUUUGGGAGGAAAAAAAAAAGCGGAGAGAAUAUUGUAACAAACUUCGUACAGAGUUCAGUCUAUUAAUUGUUUCAUGUUAGAUAUUCUAUGUGUUUACCUCAAUUGAAAAAGAAUGUUUUUGCUAGUUUCAGAUCUGCUGUGGCAUUGAUAUUGUAUGUCCAUGAAUUCCUUCCUUUUUCAGCACGUGUUCCUCACUAGAUGAUAAGAUGCCGUCUCCCUUAAGCUUUGUCAGAAAUACAUUAAAUACUUGUAUGAGGACUGUGACGUAAUGUUUAAAAGGUGUUCAGUCACAAAUGCUGUAAUAAAUAUUUCAUUUUUUGGAUUUUUGUUA